AUCUCCCUCUUGUUACAUUUCCUCGUCCUCGUUUCUUUUGUUUGUUCUAUUCAUUCAUCAGAAAUAAGAAACCAUCAAUUAGUCAAUCAAACUUUUCGAUUAGAGGACGAAUUUCACAAGUUGAAGAAGAUGAUAACAACCCGUAUGCAAGAAAUCAAUAAACCCGCUGUUAAGACAAUUCAGAGUCACGAUGGUGAUAUCAUAGACUGUGUUUUGUCUCAUGAACAACCAGCUUUUGAUCAUCCUUUAUUGAAAGGACAAAAACCCUUGGAUCCUCCAGAAAUACCAAAAGAGCAUAAUCAAAUGGAUAAUUUGAAUGACAUCUUUCAAUUGUGGAACUUAAAUGGUGAAUCAUGUCCUGAAGGAACGAUUCCAAUUAGAAGAACAAAAGAACAAGACAUAUUAAGAGCCGGCUCUAUUAGUAGAUUUGGAAGAAAAAUUCUCGAUGAAAAUUUACACGUGCAUUCAAUUGGCUAUGUAAAUGGAGAUUUCUAUGGAGCAAGGUCUACCUUAAACGUGUGGACCCCACAAUUGGAAGGUCAAUUAGAAUUCAGCUUGGCUCAAAUGUGGAUUAUCUCUGAUAGUUCUCAAGAUGACCGCAACACCCUUGAAGCUGGUUGGCAGGUCUACCCACGAUUAUACGGGGAUAACAAACCUAGAUUGUUUAUUUAUUGGACGGCUGAUGGAUAUCAACAUUCUGGAUGCUACAAUUUAAAAUGUUCAGGCUUUGUUCAAGUCAACAAAAAUAUUGUACUUGGAGGUGCAAUUUCUCCAAUUUCUACAUAUAAUGGAAACCAAUUUGACAUUAAAUUAACGAUCUGGAAGGAUCCAAAAGAUGGGAAUUGGUGGCUUGCAUUAGGAUCAACUGUAAUUGGAUAUUGGCCAUCCUCUUUGUUUCCUAAGUUAAAGGACACAGCACAUUCAAUUCAUUUUGGUGGAGAAAUAGUGAAUGAGAAAAUAACAGGUUCUCAUACUUCAACUCAAAUGGGCAGUGGACAUUUUGCUGAAGAGCGUGAAGGAAAAGCUGCUUAUAUUAGAAAUUUGGAAGUUGUGAAUACUGAUCAUUUAUUGCAUCCAUUGACAGAACAGCCUCAAUUUUUUGUACUUGAACCAAAUUGUUAUAAUAUAAAAGGGGAGAGUAGUGAAAAAUGGGGGCAAUACUUUUUUUAUGGCGGACCUGGUAGGAAUGAGAAAUGUCCUUAAGGGAAAGA